UGUUAACAUUUCCACCAUCAAAUGGCCGUAUAGACAGCGUUCUUUUGCCUCUCCCUGAUGAACUAAAAAGAAAACCGACUCAAAAAAAAAAGAAAAUUUUCAAAACAAAUCUAUGUUGUUUUGGGAUGUAAAAGAAAUUAAUUAUAUAGUAUCUCCCUAAUCUUUUUAUUAUUUGUGUAUUGUUUUGUAAUAAUUGUGUUUAAUAAUAAAUAAUUUCUAUAUAUUUUUUAUUAUACAAAGAUAUCCAAUAUAUCUUGAAAUGGCUAACGAUAGAGAAGUACUACGUGAGAUUUGGGAUGGAAAACUGCCCAUUUGUUUUCAAUUAGAUCAAGAAGAACUAAUGGAAAUUCAACAGCCUGAUCCGUUUUAUGUUAUGGUGCCAAGAUUAAGCUACUUUCCUCUCGUUACUGACAAGAUGAAAAGACAUUUUCUACGCUUCAUUUCCCAAGAGAAUGCAGAUAAUGAAAUGUGGCUAGAUUACAAUGGGCAACCACUGAAAUGGCACUAUCCUAUAGGAUUUUUAUAUGAUCUCUAUUGUGGUAAUGAUCCGCAGCUGCCCUGGAUGUUGACAGUACACUUCACAAAGUUCCCUGAAGAUAUUCUUCUACAUUGUCCUAACAAAGAUGUAGUUGAAGCACAUUAUAUGUCUACAGUAAAAGAGGCUGAUGUACUGAAACAUAGAGGUCAGGUCAUGUCUACAAUGCAAAAGAAAGAUCAUAACCAAUUAUGGUUGGGUUUGCAAAAUGACAAAUUUGAUCAAUUUUGGGCUAUAAACAGAAGGUUAAUGGAGUCUCAUGGUGACAAUGAAGGUUUUAAACACAUUCCAAUAAGAAUAUAUGUAGAUGAUGGUACUUGUGAUCAACGUCUUAUCAAUCCAAAGAAUACUGAUGGUAGUAGAAAAGCUGUGCAACAAAUGAUCACAGAACUUUAUCCAGAGAGAAUAGAUGUUAAAUUAAAAACCCAUGGAAUUGUGAUACCUUUGGAUACACCACUUCAAUGGCUUUCAGAACACAUGAGUUACCCUGACAAUUUCCUGCAUUUGUGUUUAUGUUGAAAUAUUGUUUUAUGAUUUUUGUAUAUUUUGGAUUAGUUGUAAAAAUAGUGUAUAAGUAUAUAUAAUAAUUUAUCCUCUUAAUAUGUUAUUAUACUCUUACAUUAUACCAAA